AUGGAUCUCUCCCAGAAUGUAACUAAUAGCUCAAGGUUUCAAGUCUCUGAGUUCAUCCUGUUGGGAUUCCCAGGCAUUUACCAGUGGCAGCACUGGCUUUCCCUGCCACUGGCUCUGCUCUACCUCUUAGCGCUAGGUGCCAAUCUUCUCAUCAUGAUAACCAUCCAACGUGAGUCUGCCCUGCACCAGCCCAUGUAUCAGUUCCUUAGUGUACUUGCGAUAGUUGACAUAGGUCUGGCUACCACCAUCAUGCCCAAGAUCCUGGCCAUCUUCUGGUUUGAUGCCAAGUCCAUCAGCCUUCCUCAGUGCUUUGCUCAGAUCUAUGCGAUCCAUUAUUUUCUUAGCAUGGAGUCAGGCAUCUUCCUCUGCAUGGCUGUGGAUAGAUAUGUUGCCAUUUGCUAUCCACUGCAAUAUCCGUCCAUAGUUACUCAAGCCUUUGUAAUCAAAUCCAUAGCAUUUAUGGUGCUCAGGAAUGGUUUAUUGACCAUCCCAGUGCCUGUACUGGCUUCCCAGAGACACUACUGCUCCAGGAACGAGAUUGAACACUGCCUCUGCUCUAACUUGGGAGUCACCAGUUUGGCCUGUGAUGACAUCGCCGUUAACAGGUUCUAUCAGUUGGCCUUGGCCUGGAUCAUAGGUGGAAGUGACAUGUGUCUGGUCUUUGCUUCCUAUGCUUUGAUUUUUCGCUCAGUGCUGAGGCUGAACUCUGCUGAGGCAACAUCAAAAGCCCUGAGUACCUGUAGCUCACACCUCAUCCUCAUCGUUUUUUUCUAUACAGUCAUUGUUGUAGUAUCUGUCACCCACCUGGCAGGAAGAAAGGUGCCCCUCAUCCCUGUUCUCCUCAAUGUGCUGUACAAUGUCAUCCCCCCAGCCCUUAACCCCAUGGUGUAUGCCCUUAGAACCCAGGAGCUCAGAGUGGGCUUCCAGAGGGUGCUUGGUUUGGGUGAUUAUGUGUCUAAGAAGUGA